ACGGGUGGAACGAAAGAUCAUAGGCACUAACUGUAUGUCGUAGUAUUGUGGUAAUUUAGUGGUUGUGCUCAGAACAUCGUACGUACGUUUCCUCCUUCUCCUCUUUGAUCAUAAACAGGCAUAAUUGUGCUAACUCGAAACCAUCAUAACUUGACUAGCCACUGCUCGAGACGGUUGUUUUUGUGUUUAUUUUGGUGUAGGCCCCGUCGAAUUAGCCGCCGUUUUUCAAAGUUCCAAACGGAUAUAUAUCAGCGAAAUUAGUGAAGUGAUGUCGUAACCACCGUCGUUAGGUUACUCAUUUCUUUCGCCAACUCAUUAGCGAAUCGAUUGUAGUGUUUCGAGUGUGACAACGACAAAAUCGAACGGCCGAAAGUGGUUCAAAGUUAUUCGACCUUCAAUUUCAAAGCAAAGCAAAGGCUCUUCUCGAGCCAUCCGACAUUGGCAGUUCGUUCAAGGCUAGAGCUAGCUGCAAAAACCGUACCGAAAAAAGACAACCACCGACCGGGUCAUGCUUCCUAUCGCACGACGAUGAGAUUAACAAAGAGAUACUCAACAAGUGAUCGUGGCGACACUUCCGUCACUACUUCCAGUGGUAGCACAAAACUGGGCCCGUCUCUACUGGCCACCGUCGUCAGUCUGGUGCUAAUCACUCUCACUUACAAUGCACGCCCAGUGCGAACGGAAGUUACGGUGGCCAGCGUUAUUUCGGUGCUUCAACUCGGCAAGGAAGUAAUAUCCAGCAUCAUCGAAACAUGGGAUCUGGUCGAGGAGGUCGGCGACAUACAUUUGCCAUUCAAGCGCAACAAAGAUGAGAAGAUUCUCAAGAAGAUGUACGAACUUAGCCAGCAGAUUGCUGAUAGUGAAAAUCAGUUCGUCAACACUGCUCAGUUCACGGUGCAGACGCUGCUGAAACAGUUGGCGAUCGAUUCCCGGCUGGAAAAUCAACUGCAGGAGUUGGCCGAUCUGAUGAAUCGGGUCAGCCACCGAGAACUGGUAAUGCGAUCGUACGUCGAAUCAGACGAAAAGGUCGAACAGCUCACGCUGGAAUCAUUCAGCCGGAGCACCGUGGCCCACGAAGUCAACAGUGUGCCGGAACUGGUGGCCCGUAUCGAUUUGCUGGUGUACGGAUCGCGGGAUCUACCGUUCAAGAAACCGGGCCUGCUGGAGCUGCUGUACUAUGCUACCGAGGAAGCAAAAUCCACGAUAUGCAGCUUCGGAUUGUCGGCCCAGCAGGUGCUUUACCAACUAUACAAUGCGAUCUCGAUCACAGAGCUGAAGGGCUAUUCUAUGAUGCAGUUUUCGUGGAUGCUGUUGAAAGCAUACGGAAAAGGUAACUUCACCGCGGAGGCCAAACUGAUGCGACGGCGCUUCGAGGACCGUACCAGCCGAACGCAGAUGUUGUUGCAACGGGUGAUGCAGCAAGCAAGCCGCGAGUACUGGCGUUGUGAUCCGGAGCGGAACCAACAGAAGGAAGGUGAAACGUUCCUGCAGUUGACCCGACUGUUGCAGGGCUACGUCGAAAAUGAGGUCGACAUGAACACCGACAACACCUGCAAGGAGAACUGUGCCCACUACAGUUGGGGUGUGAAGCAGGAACAGUGCUACAAGGAUCUGUACUGUUCGAAGCAACCAAAGUGUGCAGGAAAAAUCUACAACUGCGAGUACAUGGAUUCCGACAUGUGGAUCUGUCCGUCGGCGACCAGCAGCGACCGGCGGUACGAUUAUAUUGAGUACGAGAAUGGGAUGGUGCUGGGCCAGAAAAAGCACUGUACCCGCGGAACGACCAAGGUCGACUCGUGGUGGCGUUGGUUGUUCUGGCAUUGUAGCUACUGUUUCUGUCUGUGCGACGACGCUGGUCCCCGUUCGGAUCGACACAUAAACAUGAAGGAAUCGGUAUCGGAUGUGAUGAAUAACAAAGUCGUAACCGGAAUGCGAUUUGUCAAAAAGAAUCGCAUUAUUCACCUGGUAAUUCAGCAGGGAACACUUCUGCCGAGAGGGCAGAUCGACAACACCACAUUGGAGUGGGUGGAAGCGGAAAAUUACAACAUUUUGUCAGCGAAUGUUCGCAACGGCCGGGACUAUCACACGCUGAGUUACGACAAUCGAAUCCUGGACCUUGACGACGUAGAAGUUCAGCCAUCGUACGUUCUGACGGGUGUUCGAUUCCGGCUGUUGGGCACUCAUCUCAACCUGGAGAUUCGAAUGACCGAAAUGGACUUCGGCACAGGCAAGCUGGUGGAUCCCGACAAAAGCAUCUGGAUCGGAAGCGACAAAACGGAACACAGUGAAGAUAAGAGAACCGAACUCAAAUUAGACCGACCGCACGUACCAUUGCUGACCCCAUCGAAGUCAAUCCCGGACUCGGUCAGCAAUCAAUUCAUUCGUUUCCGUGAGAGUGAUCGCGGUAUGGACGCAGCUCAGACGACGGUACCGUUCUUCGAUGCACAGCCGGUGGUUCCGACCAAACCCGUUCCGCUGGCCGGGGCCGGGCUGUUCCACAAGGGGCGACCCAAAUUUGGUGGCUUCAUUGCACCCAAAGUGCUAACGUACGAUUUUGGACCGCACGUUCAGGCACCGAUCGAGCAGUUGGAUGGCGAGGAGAACCGGCGACAGCAGCGGACAGGUUGAACUGUCAGUGGCCGAUACCGAGACGACGUACAGCGGCGGGGAGAGGGGGAAAAGGAAGUGUACUGUUGUCUUGAAACUACUACCAAACUACUGAGAACGGGCGUGAAUCGUUUAGUCUAUAAUAUAACCUCGGAAGUAGGUCCCUGAGGGAAGCCCGAGAACAAAUUGAGCGACAUAAAAUUAUCUCGUUUGUAUUAUUAUUACUACUACUACGUAGAGCUCCGUGCUAAUAAAAAAACCAUGAUCUAUACCAUAAACAUAA